AUGCUGCUAUCUUCAGAAUCGUCGCUAGCGAGUUCUGAGUCGGAAGAGAGCUCGGAACUGCAGAGUUCCGGUCCUCCCACUAGGGAUUCCGAGUUUGAUAGAGAUUUCCCGAGGGAAAUCUCCGAAGAUAUAAGACCGGUCUCGCCGAUUACAGAUCGGUGGCCAAACCAUAAUCCGUGGGAGUACUAUAUCGAUAGGGAUGGCAACGCCGUGCCAUCCCCCCCAGAGCAACCGGCGGCACCUCCUCCCGUGCGUCAGCCGCAGCCGCCUUUUUCUCUGGGGGAUUUGGAUAUUGCCAUAGACUAUCAUCAACCCGGCAAGUCACCGCGGUGCACUUACCCGAAUUUCCACGAGCAACUGACCAUCCGACAACGCCGUCAACUAAAGCGCCUUGCCAAUACCCUAAAGCAACCCGUCGCUAUCAUCCUUCCUGCCAAGAGAAACUAUUACGGCAGCCACCUAGUUAUUCAUAACUUAGACCAAGAGCGCGUCUGGACCGAUCUUGCGAGUGCGAAGCACCCACUUGCCCCCCUCGCUGAGCUAGAGGAGGCAAAUUCUAGUUACGAUAGCCACGACGAAAAUCAGAGCAUAGCUGUCGCUGACGAAGAAUAUCCCGAGGCAUCAAACCAAUCCGACGCCUGGGAGGAUCAAGACCAAGACGAGCUCUCCAGCAUGGAUAAUAGCAACUCGGUUAACGGCAACGGCGACCAGCCCGGUAUCGACAGAUACCUAGCCUCCAUCGAGGACCCGGUACAGCGUCAGAACACCAUACUUGCCGGAAUAACCGCGAUGUGGCCCUCCAAUCACGAAGUCAACAACGUCUGGCCACACCCUCACUACCGCGGCUUCGAGGAGGACGGCGACUACGAGACCUGGUUCAGAAACAGCGCACACGAGUUCGGCUGGGACAACGACGACCCUUACUACGAGCCGGAAGACGACGAGACGUGGAGAGAGGUGUACCAGCCCCAGAUUGGCGACGAGGGCAUCCCCGACCAGGAAGCGCUCGACUACGUGCUUAUCAUGCGCGAGAACCACGAGAGACUCGAAGCUGCGAUCAGGCGAAGGCGGGAGCGGUGGGAGGAGAUGCACGGCAGCCACGAUAGCUUUGCGGCUACCUUUUCGAGCGCUUACGAUGCUGGGAAUGAGCAUGCUGCUGCGACUGGAAAGGCCGAUGGGGUCUACGAUAGAAGCGUCGAUAGUGGCGAGGAUGCUGAUAAUGAUAAUGAUGAUGAUGAUGAGGAGGAGGAGGAGGAGGAAGCUCCUUCCCCUCCUCGCCGCCCUAUCCGUUUUAAGUUAGUCGCCAGACCCAAGGCAGUCGCUGCAGACGAAGAUGCCUUAGCCGUUCAUACCUCCCAGGAGACUAUCGGCCCUAGUACCUCGAGUAGCAUGACUCUCAACUCGGCUACCGUUCAAGCUUCCUCGCAAGCCUCUACCUCGCCUCCAAGCUCAGCAUCUUUACCCAAGCCCAGCCGCGGCCGCAAGCGCAAAGCGGAUCCGGAUGCGGACUUCGAACCGGAGAGCAGCGGGCCUGAUGUGCAGAACGCCAAGGGCAGGAAGAGGCGCCGAACUACACGACAGUGA